AUGUUCGGAAAGGUUAUCUUCAUAGCCAUCUUCGCCGUAGCGACUGCCAAGCCUAGUGUCCCUGCCGCUUUGGUCGCGUCCGCUCCGCUCGUGGCUGCCGCUGGCCCAGUCGUUGCUGCACCCGCUCCCUUCGUAACCGCAUCCAGCUCGCAGUACAUUUCAAGAAACUACAAUGGACUUGUUGCCACUGCCCCAGUUGUGGCCUCAGCACCGGUCGUAGCUGCACCAUAUGUGGCUUCGGCUUCGUAUUAUGCUCCUGCGGCGCCGUAUUAUGCUCCGGCUGCUCCAUACAUAGCGCGGGCUGCUCCGUACGUAGCUGCUUCGCCAUAUGUAGCUGCCUCUGCUCCCUACAUUACUGCUGCGUCUCCGUAUGGAGUACCCGCACCUAUUGUUGCACUGAAAUGA